AUGCAUGGGGUCGAUAAACUUGAGCGUAUACAUAGCCCGCUCUGUUCGCUGGGGCACUUUGUCUACUUCUACCCAGAAAUACACAUCCACAACACGGUCGUGACAACCGUAGAAAAGAGGGGGACACGCUUGCCAGCACGCCGGGAUGAGAGCCACUCUUCACGGGUGACUGUUCCACAAGCUUGGCCGGGAGAAGACGCGAUCUCAGUGGAGGUGGAGAGGCAGAGGGAGGUGGAGAGGCAGAGGGAGGUGGAGAGGCAGAGGGAGGCGGCAGCAGCGGCCCCCUCCCGUCCCCGUGUGCUGCACUCGCGGAGGCUGCAGUGCGCUCGCAGGCCUCCGGGGGCGCUGCUCUCACAGUUUACAGAGAGCGCUGCUGCAUGUGUGUGA